GAAAAGUUGGCAACGAUUAUGAAAUUACGGGUUACGACGAACGUGCUUGUUUCUUUUGAUAGCUACGUCAAACGUAAAUAACGCUAUUAAUUUCCUCGUCUCUCAGGGGUUUAUUUUGUCAGAAAAUUAUAAAAGAUGUUUAAAACUAACGCUAAUCCGAAUGAUCACUCAUACGAUGAAACAACAGUGCGGAUAAUACAACAAGACAUCGUUAAAUCAGAUUUACAGGCAAAAGCUUUGAUACAAGACAUACGUGAAUGCACAGGAUCUGUUGAAAUAUUGAAUACUCUAAAUAAAGAAAUUUCAGAACAACUGAAAUCUAUGAGGAAUUCUAUCGAGGAACUUGAAAACUUAGCACGCGAACAAGAUAAGGAUACAGACAAGCAUAAUUUAUUAAAAGAGGUUGAAAAAUAUCAUAAAUUAUACGCCGCUAAUCAAUUUGCGUUGAGAAAAGCAAAUUUAUCCUGCCUCGCUCUCAUCGAUAAACAAAAUAAAGAAGAACUGUUUGAAAGAUCGGAACCUAGAAAACGUACUAGAGCGGACAAAGAAAGUUUAGCAAAACAAUCGUCUUCUAUCACUGAUAAUUUAAUGGCUAUCAGCAACAUGAUGGCUAACCAAGUAAAACAAAGUGAAGAAGCUUUGCACACGCUGGUCAAUUCCUCAUCUAUAGUGCAAGAAACUGGUGAAGAAUUUAAAACCAUGGGAAAUUUUAUUCACCAGUCAAAAAGUCUUCUGCAGAAAUAUGGUCGAAGAGAAGUGACAGAUCGGGUUUUGAUUAUACUAGCCACAAUAUUUUUUUUUGCUUGUGUAUUUUAUGUGGUACAAAAGAGAUUAUUUUGACGCAAAAACAACUAAUAAUUUUCUCCAAGCUACCUGUGAUUAAAUAAUUUAAUUCUUUCCUGCAGUGUGGUAAAGGAUUAAUAUUUUUUUUUUUUAGACAUCUACACAAUGUGCUAUUUUUCAACCUGUGUGAAAUUAGUUCAACAUUCCUUAGGUGUAGUAGAAUGGUGGACAGAUAAAGUAUUUAUAUUUUCAUUCUGUAAAAAGGGUAUGUGAUAAAGAAGCAGUUGUAAAGAUUUCCUCUAGUUCUCUUAAUCACUGUUUGUUUUAAUUAGAGUUAGCCUUUUCUAUCUGUUUAAUAAAUUGUGGCUUUUGUAAACA